AGUCGGGUCCGUUUAAUAUUUCUAGCAUUAAACUCGUCCGAAAUCUCAUAUAACAACUCGUCGUCUUCACAGAAAUUAUCACUAUGAUUUGGGGGCCCCACUGAAAAUCGCCGGAGCAGCUUCAGUCGAUAACAAUAACUGAUUUCCUUCAUUAUACCUUCUUGAUUCGUCAGAUCUUUAAAAAUCGACAUUUUAAAUUAUAUUGGGAAUUUGGUUAAACAGUACUAUCACUUUCUGAUCACCCCAACAUUGUCCUUUAGACAAUGGUUCCACUAUGGAUUAUGUACACUACCAUUAAUUAAAUUAGGUGAAUUCCGGCUUUUAUAGUAGGGUCCGUUUAAUAUUUCUAGCAUUAAACUCGUCCGAAAUCUCAUAUAACAACUCUUCGUCUUCACAGAAAUUAUCACUGAUUAGGGGGCCCCACUGAAAAUCGCCAGAGCAGCUUCAGUCGAUAACAAUAACUGAUUUCCUUCAAUAAUUGAUUUCCGAUGUACCCACACUUGACGGUCCACGGCGAACUGUAUCGUGGACACGCCUCCCUUCGGAGAAGGGUCUAGGGUUCUCUCCCCACCAGAAAAUUUGGGAAAAUAGCGUUUGCACCUGAAACUGACGGAAAAUUUCAAUUUUGAGGCUGAAUUUGCGAUAUUGGGGUAUUAUGAUAUUUUGAUAUGAACAUUAUAAAAAUUUGAAGGAAUGAAUACGACUUUAACGUACAUAUAAUAAUUUAUGAGAAAAACGAAAAGUUCGGAAUCGGAUUAGAGUGCGAUUUGUUUGAAUUGUGAAAAUUAACACGCCGUUUUGGGCGCCCAAUUCUCGUCUCGGCAAUAAGGGGCGCCCCUCCGAGAUGAGGCGCCCCACCAAUCAUGCCGUUUUGGGCGCCCAUUAAUUGAUCAAGUCGUGGGCCCCCAACCAAUCUUACUCGGCAUUAAGUGCGGUCCGACAGUCAUAUAUUGCCAUUAUAAGGCGCCCCACAAUUCAUGUCAUUAUGGGUGCCCCUCAAUCAAGUUGUUUUGUUAAUCGUAUCGUGUGGGUCAUUAUCUGGCGCCUCACUAUUUGGGGGCGCCUCAUAUAACGACAUGAUUGGCGAGGCGCCCAUCAAACCAAGUGACUUUGGUUGGGCACCCCGCCAAUCUCGCCGUGGUUGCCCAACCAAUGUCACUCGGCUUUAUGUGGCGCCCAUAGUGAUAUGGGCACCUUAGUCGGUGGCUUAGUAUUGCGUCCAAUGGAAAGGGCGCACAUUGGGGGAGCCGAUAUUUUCCCCAAUGGGUAAAGGGCGCCGAAUUUUUCGAGGUGGCGGGGGGCAACUUUGCGUUGGUAACAUAGAAAAAUACCCAAUGGGACCUAGACAUUAAGAAUUAAUUUUACGUUGGUAAUAUAAAAAGAAUAACCCUUUGCCCCUUUGCUAGCUAUCACAAGUUAGACUGGAUAAUCUUAUCUAAUAUUUUUACGUCUAGAGUUAUCGGGAAGUCGUUCAUUUAUAAACAAACUACAAAGUAAGCAUGGCUGAAAAUAUCGUUCCGUGUCCAUCGACAUUGUCUAUCCAUAAUUUUUCCGAGAAGAUAAUGGAUAUUCAAGUAAAUUAUCAAGUGUUAAAGAUGGAGGACAGCUUUCACAUAUGGAUUGGAAACGAAGCUGAAAUGGGUAACAUGUCAUUGGCCAUGAUGCCUAGCUCAGAAAAGAGUUUGGCCACCAGUGUGCAUUUACUUGGAGAUAGUUCUAAUAAUUUAGUAUGUAGCAUUGCAGAAAAAUUGGCCAAGAAAAGUGAAAAACAAGUAUUUGUGAGUAGUGGUUUAACAUAUGAUCAGCUGUUGACACCACUGGUUGAAAAAAGAAUUUUUGAAGAAUUGAAGAAUCAACCAGACAAGUUCUGAAUCUCUGAUAUCCCUUGUGAUUGAUAAAAAUAAUUGGUUGUAAGGAAAAGUUAGUGUAUGUAGACUUAUUGAGCUGUAUACAGAAUGUACUAUAUAUUUUUCUAGUACUGAAAUACAGAUCAGAGACAUUAAUAUGGUCAAGUAAUGCCCCAUAACAACAAAACGUCCAAGGGCUUUAAUUGAAGAUUUUGAUCAGUGAAACUAUGAAUUCCUACAACAUAAAGACUUUUUGUCAUUAUUAUUUUCUUGAGAGCAAUUCAAAAAGGCCUUGAGAUGUACUGCUCUACCACAAUGGAAAUGAAAUUGCGUUAAGAGGCCUACUUUUUGCACCAACCAGGCUAACCACGACUACAAAUGACAUGCAAUGUGGUAUAAGGGAAUUUUGAGUGGGCAGUGGCAUUUAUGCAUUCUUUUUGUCGAAUUCAAACUGUCAAGGGUUCUUUUACAAGCACGCUAAUGUGUAUAAGAGAUCUCCUUGCUAGGCCCUCAGUACUGCACCACUGACAAGGGGAAACCCCACUGAAAAAUCCUGAGGUACUUUCUUGGCUAACACUGCAAUCAAACCUGUGACCCCCCCUCCCCCCCACUAUGGGGUCAAGAAACUUGUUUGAAUAAAUCUAAAGAAAUUUGGAUGUAAUCAAAUAUCAAUGAAGUAUAUUGAAAAAAGAA